AUGCUUCUUGAAUCGGAGUCUCUUUAUCUCACGCCCACCGACGAUCUCGCGCUUGGGACCCUGGCUCUGUCGAUAGUCCUGUCCAUCCUGAGCCUCGCCGCCGUCUCGCUGCGAUGCUGGCUUCGCCUGCGAGAGAAGCUCUUCGGAGCGGAUGAUGCUUUCAUGCUUGUUGGCAUGAUUGCAUUUCAGGCCACUUGCUGUAUUACCACGUACAGCUGCUUCAUUGGGAUAGGAAGCCACGAUUCGUCAAUCAAUAUCGUGCAGUAUUCUGAAGGCCACAAGUACUUACUCAUCUGGGAGUGCCUUUACUUCACAUCUGCAAUGUUCAUCAAAUGCGCAAUAUCCUUGACGAUGCUGCGUGUUGCGGAAAAGAGGGCCCACAAGAUUGCGCUAUGGAUCAUCAUCGCCUUCGUUGUCAUGACUGGGCUGAUAGGCGUAAUCGGGGGGCUGACGGUGUGCCACCCUAUUGAAAAGAAUUGGGACCUGACAGCUACAUCUGAGGAUUGUGCAUACGGUGCAGUGUUGGUCAUCGGGUUCGUGGUGACGGCAACGUCUAUUCUCACAGACUUUGCCUGCGCUGGGUUGCCGAUCUUGGUUCUAUGGAAUAUGCAAAUGGACAGGAGGACCAAAAUACUGACCUGGUUCAUGCUGGCCCUUGGCGCCAGCGCAUCUUUGUCAACAAUCAUUCGCAUACCCUAUCUCCAGUAUUGGACAAUCAAUAAAGAUCAACUAUACAACAUCGCCAAUGUCAUUAUUUGGUCCAUGUUCGAAUGUGGAAUAGGAAUAGUUGCAGGCAGUUUGUCCAUGCUGCGGCGUCUGGUUCUCCAAUGGUUACCUCAGCGGACACCCGAUGAAGAACCAUCAACUCCAUUGCCACCGACACGCUCUCUCAUAACAAUUGGCGUAUUCGCUCCUGCGCAGCAGACGAAGGCACCUGCUUCUCGCCAGUCCAGGGCAGCGGACAUCGGUGCCGCGGUGGACACCAACCGCAUGGGUGCAUAUGAAGAGCUUAGCGGCUCAUCGACUGGCAAGACUUCAGUCUCGGUGCCUCGAAGUGCUCGUGACGGCGUGGAGAUGACGGAUCUCGGCCACAAGAGGCGCCACGGGAGUGAUGCUACCGACAAACGGCCCCUCAGAGAAACGUUUUGA